AUGGUAUUUCAGGCAGACCAGAUAUGCUACGCGGUGCUAUGUGUGUUCUCGUAUUUCGCUGCGGGGCACGAGCAGAAAAAGGCGAUUUUGGAGCAGGCGGCGCGCGUGCCGCCGCCACCCGCGCUCGCCGCGCCUCCCGCGCAGCGCAGCGUGUCCGACCUCGGGCCCGACGCGCCGGGGCUCAAGCACCGGACCAGUCCACAGGUGUGCUUCGCAGUGUUGCUCCUACUUGUCGCGACCGCCGCGCAGCGCAGCGUGUCCGACCUCGGGCCCGACGCGCCGGGGCUCAAGCACCGGACCAGUCCACAGUUGCAAGCAGACAGAAGAUCACCAGUGAACCGGCCGGCAGACCCACGGACGUCAGCGAAGGACCCAUCGCCCAUCCGGACGGAAGUGCAGCGGGCCGAGCCGAGCCGGCCGCAGUCGCCGCGCGCCGCGCCGAGCCGUGCCGAGCCGAGCCGAUCCGAGCCGAGCCGGCCCGAGCCGCCGCAGACCGUAUCGCAGGGGCCGCCUACGGAGGCUGCCUCGGAGCGGGGCCGCAGGCGGGACAGCGUGCCGCCGCGCCGGCCGCCGCCGCCCUCGCCGCAGCCGCGCCUCGCGCGAGCCAUGUCGCAGGCCGCGCCCGCCCGCCCCCACGAACCGCCCCGACUCCCUCCGCGACCCGUACCCGGCGCCCGGGCCGGGGCCGCGCCGAGCGGAGGGGCGGGAGGGGCGGGAGUUGCACCGCCCGCGCUACCGCCGCGGCAGAUGUCCGCUGCCGCCGACCUCAACUCCGUGCCUAGCAAUCCUUUUGGUGAUCUUAAGCGAAACUAACUUAAGAGUUAAGCGACCGUAGCCGCUGUGUGGUGCCGAAAAAAAGCGGAGCUCGGCCGCAGCAUCUGGCGGAUGCAGGCGCGGGCGCGGGCGCAGGCACGGGCACGGGUACGGGCACGGGCACGGGCACGGGCACGCCGCCGGCACGCCGCGCUGCGCUCCGGGAGCGGCAGGGCUCCGUGAGCGGCCCGUUCGCCGCCACCAACCCCUUCACGGCGCCGCGCCACGCCGAGUUCGUCAUCCCGCAGCGCAGCAACGCGCGCCGCCCCUCCACCGACACUAGCAACUCACAAAAUACAUAAUAUAUUCAUUUGCAAAUUCUACACUCGAGUUGAACUUCUAAGCCGAGGGCCACAAAAACUUCUCCCAGUGUUUACGCUAGACGAUGACAGCGUUGAGCGCAAUUCUGUUGUUAUCACGCUGUAUUAGGCAGGGAUCGGAACCGGUUUUUUGCAAAAACUUCGAAAUAACUAUAUAUUUCGAAUUAUUUUAUACUCAAAAUGUAGGACUCGCUUGCGUUUUUAGGUAACGACUUCGUAUUAUUAGAUAGCCCAAUGAAAAAAUGAAAAAAAUUAAAAUGAAAUUAGAAAUGAAAUAAUUAACAAAGAACGCAAAAAUACCGUUUUUGUUCCCAUACAAAAAAUACCGGUAUCCGAUCCCGGGUAUUAGGUAUAGCGAUUGACGCUGCAGAUUUGCCCGAAUUUCCGUGACCGAGGUAGGUAUACGAGUUGUACGAACCCCUUGGACUCGAUUAACUAUACUAUCCGUUACACUAUACUUUCACAUCGAACACGAUACUUAUUCGAUAGAAACUUUUGUUUGACUCUUAUUCUGACCUUGAACUGAUUUAGUAAUAGAAUAGAAAAUAUACAAAUUUAUAGGUACAUAGAGUAUAAAGAAUCGAUGCGUUACUACAAAGUGUACCUGUUUGUAUUUUGGUAUGCAUUGAAUGUAUACCGAUCCCCUCUAUAAAAUCCCAUGCAUAAAUAUCUAUGUCUAUUUAUUAAAUUUGUCGACGUUUUUAGUUAAUAUAGAUUAUUUUAACGUAAAUGUCGUUAACGGUUGCAUCAAUUUCUAAUGUAUCUAAAUAAAAUUAAA